AACCAAAUAAAAAUAACAUAUUUCAUUACUUUCUUCUCAUACAGGAAAAAUAAGUCAGUAAUCUCCAAGCAUAAGAAAAAUAUGGCUAAACUAAUCUCCCAUGUUACUGCGCUAUUCAUUGUUGUAGUUUUGGUGUGUGCGUUUGUUCCUGCUUUUUCUGUAGAAGAAGCUGAAGCAAAAUCAUUAUGGGACACUUGUCUCGUUAAAAUCACUCCUAAAUGUGCAUUGAAUAUAAUCGCGGUUGUUUUUGGAAAUGGAACCCUCAUUGAGUCUUGUUGCAAGGAUCUUGUCCAAGAAGGAAAAGUGUGUCACGAUAAUCUCAUUAAAUAUAUUGCUGACAGACCAAGCUUAAUUGGCCGUGAAACACAAUACUUGAAGAAGAGGGAUGACGUGUGGAGUCAUUGUAUCUCAAUCUCUAAAACUGCUUAAAAUAUGUGUGUUUUUAAUAUUAUUUCGAUCGAACACAUUUAAAUUUUGUUGUUGUAACAUUUUUGUUACGAUAAAUUAAUUUCUAUGUGUUUACUUUAAUACCAAAUAAAUUAACAAGCUCUCGUAAGAUGAAUAAAUUUCAAAUUUUAGUAU